AUGGAAACCCUACGUGACAGGGCCACUACCAUGAAGAAUUGUCUUGCAAGGAGUCAGGUAAUCACCGAUAGCAUCACCGCUAUUCUCGGUUCCUUCGAUAUCCGCCUCUCCGCCCUCGAAACCGCCAUGCGUCCAACCCAGAUAAAAACGCAUUCAAUGAGAAGGGCACAUGAGAACAUCGAUAAGACAUUGAAGUUCGCCGAUACCGUUUUAAUCCAAUUUGAUCUUGCUAAACAGUGCGAGAGUGUAAUUUUGAGAGGCCCCCAUGAAGAUUUGGAGAGUUAUCUAGAAGCAGUUAAUCAGCUGAAACGCGUCGUUCGCUUCUUUAGUUCCAAUAAAAACCUCAAGAGCAGCAUUGGGGUAAUUACUCAGGCCACAACCUUGCUUCAAAAAGCUUCCUUGAUGCUCGAAGAAGAGUUCCGGUCGCUAUUAUCAUUAUACAGUAAACCUGUGGAACCUGAUCGUCUUUUGGACUGCCUGCCUUCUUCUCUCCGACCAGCAGCACCAUCAACUGCUCAUCCUCAUGAAGGUGGCAGGAAACACGAGCACAAUAAGAAUUCAGAAACUGCUGUUUACAGCCCUCUGAUUCUCGUACCACCUAGAGUUAUACCAUUGUUGCAUGAUCUAGCUCAGGAAAUGUUUCAAACUGGCCAGCAACAGCAAGCAUUUAUUAUUUACAGGGAAGCCCGUUCUUCGUGUAUGGAGAACAGCCUUAAAAAACUUGGAGUAGAAAAGCUUGGUAAAGAUGAUGUCCAAAGGAUGCAGUGGGAGGUUUUGGAGGCUAAAAUAGGGAAUUGGAUUCAUUUUGUGCGAAUUGCUGUAAAACUGCUAUAUGCUGCUGAAAGGAAGGUAGCUGAUGAAAUUUUUGAAGGAAUGGAAUCUUUUAUGGAUCAAUGUUUUGUAGAAGCAACUGCAAGCAGUGUGUCUCUGCUCCUUAGCUUUGGAGAGGCUAUUGCCAAAAGCAAGAGGUCACCUGAAAAGUUAUUUGUCCUUCUUGAUAUGUAUGAGAUAAUGAAAGAAGUUCAACCAGAGUUCAAUUCGAUUUUCGCAAGUAUAUCUGGUGCUGAGAUGCGAGAAUCUGUUUCUGCUUUGACAAAGCGUUUAGCCGAGACAGCUCAAGAAACCUUCGUUGACUUUGAAGAAGCUGUUGAAAAAGAUGCCACAAAAACCGCUGUUCUUGAUGGAACUGUCCAUCCUUUGACUAGUUACGUUAUCAAUUAUGUUAAGUUCUUAUUUGAUUACCAGUCGACUUUGAAGCAACUUUUUCUGGAGUUUGAAGCAAUCGAUCCAGAUGCCCAACUGGCGAAAAUAACUACACGAAUAAUGCAAGCUCUACAGAAUAAUUUGGAUGGAAAAUCUAAACAGUAUAAAGAUCAAGCUUUGACUCAAAUAUUUAUGAUGAACAAUAUGCACUACAUUGUUAGAUCUGUGCGAAGGUCCGAGGCAAAGGAUAUGUUAGGCGAUGACUGGGUCCAAAUCCACCGAAGGGUUGUGCAGCAGCAUGCGAACCAGUAUAAGAGAAUUUCUUGGUCUAAGAUAUUACAGUGCCUCACGGUUCAGGUUGCUGGCGGUGAUGGAAAUAGCACCGCCGGAGUGUCAAGGGCAAUGGUGAAAGAAAGGUUCAAGACAUUCAAUACACAGUUUGAGGACCUACAUCAAAAGCAAUCUCAAUGGUCUGUUCCUGAUAGCGAGUUGCGUGAGUCCUUGAGAUUGGCUGUGGCCGAAGUCCUUUUACCUGCCUACCGAUCUUUCAAAAAACGUUUUGGACCCAUGAUUGAGGGCGGUAAAAAUCCAACAAAAUACAUCCGGUUCACGCCAGAGGAUCUUGAGCGAAUGCUGGCAGAGUUUUUCGAAGGGAAAACAGCACACGAACAAAAGCGGUAG